AUGAUUUUGACAUUCUACAGUUUUCCAUCAUUACUGGUACUUGGUGUUCUGGCGACCCAUGGUAUCGCAGCAUACCCAGGCUUCGCUGGUCUGAAGACACUUUUCACGUUUGGAGAUUCUUAUACCAGGACUGGAUUCUAUGUCACUCGCGAUCAACCCUCCAUUGCUAAUCCCCUUGGGAAUCCGACGUACCCGGGCCCGACCAGCGCAAAUGGAGAAAAUUGGAUCCAAUACUUGACCACCAAAUAUAAUGCGUCUCUACUAUUGACCUACAACUUCGCGGCGAGCGGUGCCACUGUCGACAACAGUCUCGUGACGUCCAGCAUCGACGUUGUGAGUCAAGUUGAAGAGGGAUUCAUCCCCAACUAUACCGGGACAAACCAAACCUGGGAUGUCGAGUCUACCCUGUUCGGCUUCUUUAUCGGUAUCAACGACAUUGGAAAGUCUUAUACCAAUGGCAACUCCACGGACCUUCACCCGAUGAUCUUUGAUAAGUACGAGAAGUUGGUGGAAGAAGUCUACGAGGCGGGUGCUCGGAACUUCCUGUUCCUCAAUGUACCGCCGCUUGAGCGGAUGCCGAGAACAACUCAAUCCAGCGCCGCUGGAGAGCGGAUUCCUCUUGAGAAAGCCGCGGUAGCAGACUGGAACGAGCGUCUUGGAGUAUUUGUUAAGAACUUGCGAGAGGCUCACGGAGAUGUGACUGUAUUUCAGUACGAUACCUAUGGAUUGUUUGACAGAGUCAUGAAUACGCCCGAACGCUACAGAGAAACGGCAGUCUAUAAGAACACGACGACAUACUGCUCAGCAUACCAAAAUGGGACGCCUGAGCCAGACACUAAAUGGGACAACUGCACCUAUGCUGCUAAUGAAUAUAUGUGGAUUAACAGUCUACACCCGACGUCGCCCGUUCACUUGGUACUGGCGAGAAGUAUCUCAAGGGCCUUGGCUUGA